CUCUUCCGAACCGGUUUUCUGGGUGGGGCAGACCGUAAUAAAAACACGUGUCUGCUGUGUGUGGACUGCGAAGAAAACAGUCUGAAAUGGCGGCUGACUGGAAACAGAAGUGUGCCUCGCAGUGGCAGCUGGGGGCUCUCGGUGUCCCUACGCCCGACGGCGUGGACUGGAAAUCGGUGUUUGAGAAGAAGCCGUUUGAACGCAACCUACUGAAGAACCCCUCGCCUUACGGUGUAAGCCACAGCAUCCCACCCCCCGAAACCCCUCGAUCGGGAAUGCCUCCUCCUUCAAGCCAGCCCCCUCAGUUUGAGCCCAACGGUAAUUUCACUGGCUGGAAAACUAGUACAGAAGUUUUACCAUAUGACACUAGUGGAAUUCCCCCAAGGGCUGUGGUCUGCUAUCUGCCUCAGUUCAGGUGGUUCUCCUUGGAGCAGUGUGUGGACCUGAAGGCUGAGGGUCUAUGGGACCAACUGCUGGAUGACUUUCAGCCUGAGAUCGUCAUUGAGGACUGGUAUGAGGAAAGUCAGCUUCAUAAAUCUAUCUAUCAGCUUGAUGUGAAGCUCUUGGGUGCUGAUGGUAAGACCGUUAUCAAGCAGCACACAUAUAACCCUGAAGAGAACCUGGAGGUCUACUCGCACACCUGGAAGAAGGUCUCGCAUGUAUUCUCCAAGUAUGGGUCAGGAGUGCGGUACAUUCACUUCCUCCACAAACUGAAGAACCAGUUCAUGGUUGAAUUCUUUAAUACCAAAGUCACAGACAGCUCGAUUAUUAUCAAGACCAGCAAAGCCAGUGUAAAAUAAUCACAGUCAAAAAAAAAAAACUGGUAGGAGUUGAUACACACUGUAGAGUUUGUAUUUUGAAUAAAGCAAUUGUCUUGUCUGCAAGGUUUUUAUAAAUUAACUGCACUUUCAUAACAUGUAUCUAGCAAGUUAAUACUGUAAUAAAACAUUCCUCAUUCA